UAUUCUGUAAAUGAAGAACAUUAAUUUCAAUGUAAUUUUGGGAUUCUUUUGGCCAUUUUUGUGUAAAAUUGAUGGGACGUACUAUUAUGUAGGGGAGGAUUUGGCCAAGUAUCAACACUUGGCUAUAGUUUGUCCAUUUUGUUGGGAGCAAGGAUGAGAGUGUCGUACUUUAUUAAGGGUGGAGAUUGGAUGACCAGUUGAAAAUCACCUAUAAUGAUCCACUUUCAUCGUUUGAUGAUGCAAUCUCCACUUUUUGUGAUCGGUGAUGUAUGAAUUGCAGGAUCUUCUCCUUUUGGAAUUACAGUAACUUGCAAAGGAGUGUACCCUUUGUAAAAGGAUCACUGCACACACAAACACACACAUAUUCAUACAUGGAAAACAAAACCUUUCACAUAGCUAUGUACCCGUGGUUUGCCAUGGGCCACCUCACUUCCUAUCUUCAUAUCUCCAACAAACUUGCUGAGAGAGGCCACAAAAUCUCUUUCAUCAUACCCAACAAUACACAGCCCAAGGUGGAGCAUUUCAAUCUCCACUCAGACCUCAUCAACUUCAUCUCUGUCAAUGUCCCACACGUUGACGGCCUCCCUCCCGGCACUGAAACCACCGCAGAUGUUCCAUAUCCAUUGCAUUCUCUAGUCAUGACCGCCAUGGAUCUCACAAAACCCAUCAUUCAAGCUUGUCUUGAAGACCUCAAACCUGACUUUGUUUUCUUUGAUUUUACUCAUUGGUUACCGGCCUUGGCUCGCCCUUUAGGCAUAAAGUGCAUACAUUAUUGCACCAUAAGCCCUGCAACUGUUGGUUACUUGUUAAGCCCAGCACGAAGACUCUGUGACAAACAUUUGAAUCCAGCUGAUUUAAUGGAGCCUCCACUUGGUUUUCCACUUUCAUCUAUAAAGGUAAGUGCCCACGAAGCUCGUGAACUAAGCAAUGCAACUGUAAAAGAGUAUGGUAUAGGUGUGUCCUUCACACAACGUCUUUUAACCUCGUUCACUGAAUGUGAUGCCAUUUGUUUUAAAAGUUGUAAUGAGAUUGAAGGUCCUUACAGUGAUUACCUUGAAAAGCAGUUCAAGAAGCCGGUGAUACUAGCUGGGCCAGUUGUGCCAGAGCAGCCAACUUCAACCCUAGAAGAGCAAUGGGCAAAGUGGCUGGACAAUUUCAAAGCUAAGACUGUCAUUUUCUGUACAUUUGGAAGUGAGUGUAUGCUUAAAAAGGAUGAGUUUCAAGAACUGGUUGUUGGUUUGGAGCUAACAGGUAUGCCCUUUUUCGCUGCCCUAAAAACACCUGUGGGGGCUGAAACGAUUGAAUCGGCUUUGCCCGAAGGGUUUCAGAGGAGGACUGAAGAGAGAGGAGUGGUUCAUGGUGGUUGGGUUCAGCAACAGCUGAUAUUGGGACACCCUUCAGUGGGCUGCUUUGUGACCCACUGCGGUUCGGGUUCGUUGUCGGAAGCUAUGGUGAAUGAUUGCCAGUUGGUGCUAAUACCACAUGUGGGUGAUCAAAUCAUCAAUGCAAGAUUGAUGGGUGGGGAUUUGAAAGUUGGAGUGGAGGUUGAGAAGGGUGAAGAGGAUGGUAAUUUUACUAGGGAGGGUGUGUGCAAGGCAAUAAGGUUGAUAAUGAAUGUUGAUGGUGAAGUAGGGAAGGAGGUAAUGGCUAACCAUGCAAAAUGGAAGGACUUCUUAUUAAGCGAGGGGCUUGAGAGCUCUUAUAUUGAUAGUUUUAUUCAAAAAUUGCAUGGUCUUUUGGAAUAUUAAUGAGUCAGUUUGAUAUUUCACUAUAUAUAUAUAUAUAUAUAUAUAUAUAUAUAUAUAUAUAUUUAUAUGAUUUGGUUUCCUAGAAAAUGCAAUGAGGUUGGCUCUUCAGGCUAGAACCUCUAAUCCUUAUUGGAGUACUCUUCCCAGUUGUGUAAGGGAAGCUCUGUUUGUUGAUAGUUGUACGUAGUGGCUUGUAGUCCGUUUUUCCUUUAUUUGUGUAAAAUAAAUAAAUAAAUAAAUAAACAAGAGAUUUGGGUUGGGUGGGAGAAUUUGAUGAGCAUCUACAGAAGCAUGCUAGUCUUCUUUGGAACUGAAUUUUGUUAUUUAGGUUAUGCUGGUUUUACUGAUUGGUUACAAGGUAUAUAAAAUCAUGUGUCCAAGUCCUGUUUUGACAUUAGUUGUUAAUUUGUCUUACCAACAAAAAUUCUGGCUCUAAUAAAUGAACCUUACAACUUUUAAAUCGUCCUAAAUGAAAAUUUUAUAUUAAAAAUCUGAGUUUUUAUUUGUGUAACAAUUCAAUAAUAAAAGGGUAAAGUGCAAAAAAAAAAAA